AUGCCGCUGAAAAGCAGUACGACGUUCAGGACGGUUUGUUUCAGCCAAGUAGGGGCGGACAUUCCAGUUUUUCCAGCUUUAGGGAUCUCCGCCAGUGUGUCCGCACCUGCCACUUCACCACCUGCCACUUCACCACCUGCCACUUCACCACCUGCCACUUCACCACCUGCCACUUCACCACCUGCCACUUCACAACCUGCCACUUCACCACCUGCCACUUCACAACCUGCCACUUCACAACCUGAAACUUCACAACCUGCCACUUCACAACCUGAAACUUCACAACCUGCCACUUCACAACCUGCCACUUCACCACCUGCCACUUCACAACCUGAAACUUCACAACCUGCCACUUCACAACCUGCCACUUCACCACCUGCCACUUCACAACCUGAAACUUCACAACCUGCCUAUCGCCGCAGGGCAUUUUGA